GAUGGGGAAAGGUUCUGACUGUUACAGUAAGGGCAUUGUUUGUGAUGCUCCUGCAAGACACUUGUUAAAGGUACAAAAUUUUGUACUGGUUGUUUUGGUUGUGACAAGUGUACACAAAAAGGGAAGUUGCUUGGUCAAGUGACUUACUCUCAAAAUAAUCAUAUAGAAUUGUGCUCUAUCAUUUCUUUUAGAAAGCAGAUAGAAGAAGAACAUCAUCGCUUUGUUAGCCCUUUCUGUCACUUGCCUGUUGAUAUGGCAAAAUUUCUUUCAGCCGUCAAUGUAAUCUUAUCAACAAAUUCUAGAAAUUUGCCGGUGUACAGCAAGCUGAUCUCCCUUGCAGAAAAAGGAAUUCCUACAACUGGCACAACAAGAGAAAGACAUUCUCAACGAAACAGUGGUGUCGUAGAUGCGCAUGACCUUUCAUCGCACGAAACGCCUUCGACAAGUUUUAUGAACAUAACACCUGCAGGAAGACGUUCUCAACCAAACAUUAAUGGCUUCCAAAGAUCAGUUCUCACCAAACUGGAAGCAUUAAUUGAUAAGCAAGAAGAAGCGUUUUCAAUAUUGGGUGCUCUGUUAAGCGCUAAGAAAGGUGUAGACGAGCACGAAAUUUUGGAAGAUAUUGUACCUAAUGCCUUAGAUUCGGUUGAAGAACUUGAGGAGCAAUCUUCUAGUCUUGAUGAAAAAAAGUCCAAAAGAAAGUUGCUGCAGUUUUUGGUAGCACUGUGUGCAAACACCUGUACAAACAGUGUUAGAAGAAUUAUGACAAAGCUGGGAACAAAUAAUCUAUGGUCCCAAUAUAGUUUAAAAGGCAGAAAGUCAAAGCGACCAUUUCAGCACAUUGCCCUCUGCAAAGUUAUAACAAAAGCCUGCCUCAGAGCUCAUAAAGGAUGCAGCGAGGCCAACGUUGAAGAGCAAAUUGCCAAAUUUUUAAAAUACGAUCCAGGCAAGCAAGGUGGUUCCAGAUUUAAGGUCCAAAAGGCAACAUUGGAAUCGCUUGAGUUAGCAUUUUGUAAAUAUGUAUAUUAA